AUGCCAUCACCUCCCACUGUACCAACGGAAAUUCGGCCAACGCCAUUCAUUGUCGAAUCCCCGAAGCCGAAUAAGAAUACCCUUGUUCUACUUCAUGGUACAUCAUCUUGGGGAGUCCCGUUUGCCCAAGAGCUCAUGGCGCUGGUUCACUCUGAUGUAUUACUUCCAUACACUAAACUCACUUUUCCAUCGGGAAUCCUGCGAAAGACUACUGUUUUUGGUGGGAAUUUGACCAACGCUUGGUUUGAUAUUGCCAAUUUUUCAGACCGGACGAUGAGGGAAGAACAGCAGAAGGAGGGGCUAAGAGAAAGCGUGGAGUAUUUGGGCGAGCUCAUUAAGGAUGUAGUGGACAAUGAAUCUCACUACGAAGAUCGCAAAAUCUUUGUAGGAGGGCUCAGUCAGGGAUGUGCUAUGAGCGUGAUUUUGUUACUGAGUGGGGAAUUGGAUCGAUUGGAGGUGUUGCAGAAGAUUGGAGGAUUUGUAGGGUUCAGUGGAUGGUUGCCAUUUGCGAAACAAAUUACUGAAGUUGCUGCUGCUGGAAAAGGUUGGAGACAAAGGAGGAUUCUUGUUCAGAGUUGGUUGAGACGCGAGUUGAGUCUCCCAUCUUUGCGACCCCGAGAUGAUAUGACGGUAUCUGCGGAAGGAGACAUGAGGAUUCUCUUAGCUCAUGGUACAAAUGACACGAAAGUCAAAUUGGAGUGGGGUGAAGAUAUGAGAAGAGUAUUGGAGAGUGUGGGAUAUAAUGUUGAGUGGAAGCUCUACGAAGGUUUAGGACAUGUCAUUAUCCCAGAGGAACUGAAUUACAUGGCGUCUUUCAUAAGAAAAUAG